CUGAUAUGCAAACAUUUGGCCUACAGGGCGAACAGCAAAGCUUUGUUUUUACUUCAUGUGCUUUCACUUAAUUGUCCCGGAAACUUGUAACUAUUCUUUUGUUAGACCAAAGUUCAGGAUUUAAUAAUUAAUUAGUAAACCAUUUGUCACUGGACAAUUUCAAAAAGAAGUCGACACCCAAAGGUGUAUUAGAUCUAACAUUAAAAGUCUUAUUUUUUGCUUAACUUGGAAACUGAAUUGACAGACGUGUCCUUUCCCAGAGGCAUCGUUCAUACAAGAAUGAUCAUGUAUGCAGUUGUGACCUUGCAAAAUUCAGAAGAGGUGAUGGUGGUAGCAUCAAACUGGUUGAGCGUAGACAAAAAACAGUGUUACUGGCCCCCAUUCAAAUCAACAGAGAAGUGUAUGGAAGCUGUUCAGAACAGAGAUGAGCCUGCAAUAGGAUGGGAGAAAUUAAAUAUAAGCUUUCACGGAGAACAUGCCACUUUUGAUCAGGCUAAGGAGCAUCAAAAACAAAUUCAAGAACGGCCAUUUCAAUUAGCCACUGAAUUCCCUGGAACAGCAAAAAGACAGAAACUUGAGUACACUCAAAGAAUGCCACAUAGUCAGUUUCACCUACCUUCUAUACCAGCUGUAAUUACAUCCAGUAUGUCAGCUGAUGACAACGAUGAGCUCCUCCAAAUGCUGAGAGACAUUAACAACACGGUUCAGGAAAACUCUGCUAUGUUAAAGAAACUACUUAAAGACAAUACAGUUUCUGAGGUCCCCAGCAGUACCAGCCUGCCAUCUAAAGAUGUUAAAACAAGCCUAAAUCUGCCUCUUAGAUCCUUUGAUGAUGUGUUCAGGACUGAAAGAGAGCUCAACAAUGUAAAAACACGCCAAAAAUAUGUAAAGUAUCUGUCAGGACUUGGAGGUUUUGGGCAAAAGGAUGUGAUUAAGUAUAUAAUGCAGCAUGUCCUAACAGACGAUCUGGCUAAGGAAUUCAACUGGCAGGGGCGAGGAGAUAAAAGGCCCUUCUCUCAGCUUAUUUUAGCAGAGGUGAUCAGAGAUGCUGCUCUGAAGCACAAAAUUAACCGGAUAGACUGCGAAAGUGAAAUUAAAAAAUAUUUACAAAAAAUGAGUUACAAGGCUGACCGACUUGGUCGGAAAAGACCAAGAGAGUAUGAAGGUUCUCAAAGCGAAAUCCUAGAUGUGACGUCUCACACAGCACUUGACAGCACCAUCCAGUCAGCCAUUGAAAGUCAACCUUUUUUUUUGUGACCGAGUUUUUAAUAAUUUACUCAUAGGCCAUAUAUAGGCCUAACUGCAAACACAUCAACAUUUAUUUUGUAGAAAACUAUGUAGUAAUCUAGCAUUAAUCUCGCAUAGCCAGACUGCCAGACUGACGGCAGAAGGUCUGGGAACCUUGGGCGCUUUGAAUAUCCACUUUUUCUGCGUCUGAGUAGUCAGUGAAAGUGAGAAAAAUGUAUUUAAAUAUAGACUAAU